GAGGGAGAGAUGCAUUUAGACUGAUAUAAGAGCACGUCCCUGCGUCAUUCCCGGCGUGUCGACAUGUCCCACUCAGUGUGUUGGGGGGUGACAGGGAGAAGCGAUCGAGCCGGGGAGAGCCGGCGGGCGGGCAGGAGAGGCGGGGGCAGGAGAGGCGGGGGCAUGGGGCGCUCCGGGCUCGCGCUGCCGCCGCUGCUACUGCCGCUACUGCCGCCGCUGCUGCUGCUGCUGCUGCUCGUGCAUCACAGCACAUGGGUGGACGGCUCAAGAGUGUCUUGUGAGGAAACGCAGUUUCAGUGCAGAAAUGGACGUUGCAUCCCUUCAAUAUGGAAAUGUGAUGGUGAUGACGACUGUGUUGAUGGCAGUGAUGAAAGCUCCUGUGCAAAAAAGACCUGUGGCCCAUCUGACUUUGUGUGCCACAAUGGGCAAUGCAUACCUGAUAGAUGGCAGUGUGAUGGUGAUACAGAUUGCGAAGAUGGAUCUGACGAAAGUCUAGAAGUUUGUCAAUUGAGGACAUGUGGUGUGAAUGAAAUCAGCUGUGGCUCUGCAUCCCUUCAGUGUAUCCCUUUUCCAUGGAGGUGUGAUGGAGAGAUGGACUGUGAUAAUGGUGGUGAUGAGCAGAACUGUGGACAGCUUACUUGCAGUAUACUAGAGUUUACUUGCUCCAGUGGCCGGUGCAUUUCUAAGACCUUUGUGUGCAAUGGGGAGGAUGACUGUGGUGAUGGAAGCGAUGAGCAAGAGUGUGCUCCACCUACCUGUGGUCCACAUGAGUUUCAUUGCAAUAGCUCAGAGUGUAUCCCCUUCCGUUGGGUGUGUGACAGUGACAUUGACUGCAUGGACCAAUCUGAUGAGUCAGCAGAUCACUGUGGACACACAAUUCCUCCUCUAGUGAAAUGCUCCACCAGUGAGGUUCAGUGUGGCUCAGGGGAAUGCAUCCACCGCCGAUGGUACUGUGAUGGAGAUGCUGACUGCAAAGAUGGAAGUGAUGAAAUUAACUGCCCUCCUCGGACUUGUCGACCUGACUACUUUAGAUGUGGUGAUGGUAGCUGCAUUCAUGGAAGCAGGCAAUGUAAUCAUUUUAGGGACUGUAUUGACGGUAGUGAUGAAGUCAGCUGUCAAAUGGUAAUUACAGAAUGUACAGGGCCAACUAACUUCAAAUGCCAAACUGGAGAAUGCGUAGACAUGACCCUGGUAUGCAACAAACAGCGGGAUUGCAGGGACUGGAGCGAUGAGCCUCUCAAAGAAUGUGGUUUAAACGAGUGCUUGGAGAAUAACGGUGGUUGUUCCCACGUCUGCAGGGAUCUGGUGAUUGGUUACGAGUGCUACUGUCCUCCUGGCUUUAAGUUGGUUGACAGAAAAACAUGUGGGGAUAUUGAUGAGUGUCAGAACCCUGGAAUAUGCAGUCAAAUUUGCCUUAAUCUGAAAGGAGGCUAUAAAUGUGAAUGUCGUGCAGGAUAUCAAAUGGAUCCAGCUAAUGGGGUUUGCAAGGCAAUAGGAAAAGAGCCCUACCUGAUCUUCACUAACCGCCGUGAUAUACGGAAACUAGGUCUGGAGCACAAGGAGUACACCCAGGUAGUUGAGCAGUUGCGAAAUGUUGUCGCACUUGAUGCUGACAUUGUAGCACAGAGGAUCUUUUGGGCUGACAUGGGACAGCGGGCAAUCUUCAGUAUAUCCAUGGACCAAAAUGGAGCUGCUAUUGGAAAAUCUAGAAUAGCUGAGGUCCAAAUGCCGGUGGGAAUUGCUGUGGAUUGGAUCUACAAGCACAUUUACUGGACUGAUGUGGAAACUAAAACGAUAUCUGUGGCUACCUUCGAUGGAACUAAGAUGAAGAUUCUUUUUGACUCUGACCUAAGGGAACCAGCUUCUGUAGCACUUGAUCCACUAUCAGGGUUUAUUUACUGGUCAGAUUGGGGUGAACCAGCAAAAAUUGAGAAAGCUGGAAUGAAUGGUGUUGAUCGUCAACUUCUGGUUUCCACAAAUAUUCAGUGGCCAAAUGGCAUUGCACUUGAUCUUGUGAAAAGCCGACUUUAUUGGGUUGAUUCAAAGUUGCACACCUUGUCAAGUGUGGACCUCAAUGGUGGGGACAGAAGGAGAGUGCUCCUGUCACAGAGAUUCCUUGCUCAUCCUUUUGCUGUUGCUGUGUUUGAGGAUCAGGCCUUCUGGACUGAUGGAGAAAAUGAAGCCAUCUAUGGAGCCAACAAGUUCACAGGCGAGGACGUGACAAUAUUGGCCUCCAAUUUAAACGAACCUCAAGACAUCAUAAUUUAUCAUCAACUAGUUCAGGCACCUGGCAAAAACUGGUGCAAUGGCAGCUUGCCAGAUGGUGGUUGUGACUACCUAUGUCUCCCUGCCCCUCAAAUAAGUAGCCUUUCUCCAAAAUACACUUGUGUGUGUCCAUCAGGAGAUGAGCUGCAGGAGGAUGGCCAGCACUGUAGAAUGGAUUCAAAUUCGAGCGCUAAGGUCAGUCCUGUAAACCAGUCUGGAAAAGCACCAACAGCAGCAUGGAUAAUCCUUCCUAUCUUGCUUUUGGCAAUAGCUGGUGUAGCCGGCUACCUAUCAUGGCGCAACUGGCAGAGCAAGAACCUGAAGAGCAUGAAUUUUGACAAUCCAGUCUACCUGAAAACAACUGAAGAUGACUUGAACAUUGAUCUCAAUAGACAAGGGCAAUCAGUCGGUCAUACCUACCCUGCAAUCUCCAUUGUCAAGACAGAAGAUGACAUGGCUUGAUUAUUUCAAUGUCUUCAGCCCACACAACAGUUUUUGGUAAGAUUAAUGGUUUCAAUAAAAUAAUGCAAAAAGCCUCAGAUGCAGUGACAUGCAUAUGUAGUUUAUGUGGAUGUUCUUGUAAUCUAUUGAUGCAAAUGAGAUUCUGAGUAUGUAAAUAUUUUGUAAAUCCAACUAGUAUUCCUCAAUCUUCAGCAUUGAGUGAUCUGCAAGCACUUUCACAUGAAGACAUUAAAGCAUGCAUUUUCCAUAUAAUCUGUACUAAAACUAUGAACCUGUACAAAUUUCUGUAAAUACAUUGAGUACUUUACUUACUGUGUAAAUAAUUGUUAAUAUACAUAGGACAGUAACUUUUUGCAAUGGUUGAGACAGGAAUGGGGUAUGAAACUGCCAAGGAUUUAUAAGAAUUUUAUAUGUGCCAAAAGACAACUUUAUGCUUCUUGUAACUUACAGAAAUUGUAUCUUGGGAAAGAUUUAAUGUUGUAAACUUUUCACAUCUGAAAUAAAAAUGCUGCAAAUUG